CAUGGUGUAUAUAGGAAUGUUAUUUAGCUGGUUUGCGUGGCACGUGGAGGAUCUUGACCUGCACAGCCUCAAUUAUCUGCACACCGGGGAUAGGAAGACCUGGUAUGGAGUGCCUCAGCAUGCGGCAGCCGCUUUUGAGGAUGUGAUCCGUAAUCACGGAUAUAAUGGAGAGAUGAAUCCUCUCUUGAGUUAUGCUACUCUUGGUCAAAAGACUACCGUCCUGUCUCCGGAAUUAAUUGUAAACGCAGGCAUACCAUGCUGCAGGUUGGUACAAAAUCCAGGAGAAUUCGUAGUCACUUUUCCAAGGGCUUACCACUCAGGAUUCAGUCAUGGAUUCAACUGUGCAGAAGCUUCAAAGAUUGCAACUCCUGAAUGGUUGCGGUUUGCAAGAGAAGCUGAAAUGCGCAGGGCUGCUAUAAACUCUCCUCCAUUAAUUUCCCACAUCCAAUUGCUUUAUGAUCUUGCGCUGUCAUUCUCUUCAAGAGGACCAGCGAGCAUGGAAACAAGAAGUUCUGGAUUAGAAGAGAAGAAGAAAGGUGAAGGGGAAAGGCUGGUGAAGGAGCUCUUUCUGCAAGAUGUGAAGCAUGAUAUCAGCCUGCUUCACAGUCUUGGGAAAGGAUCUGCAGCUAUCCUUUUUCCCCGUGAUUUUAUCGUUGGAAAUUUUCCUGAAUUGCGUGAUGGACUUUUCCCAUGUUUAGCUUGUGGGGUUUUAUGUUUUGCUUGUGCUGCAAUCAUAAAACCUGGUGAAGUAGAUGUUCACAAUCUCAUGCUAGCUGAUUUUGGCAAUAUUGGAGGUAGUGGUGUUGCUUCUGACAUUGCUGCUAGUAAUUGGUGGUUUCGUUCUGCCGGAUCUGCCAAGAAUGCUGUGCUGGAUUCUGGUUUAGGGCCGAUGGGAGCUUCCUGUAGUAGUAGACCCAAGGAUAUAUCCUCACUUGCUCUUAUAGCUUUGAAUUAUGAUGAUGCUUCCGACUCUGAAACUGAAGCGAGAGAGUUUUCCCCAGUAUCCGACCUUGCUGAGGAGUCCUUUCCAUCACAUGUCUUCUGUCUUCAGCAUGCUUUUGAAGUUAAACAGAAACUGGAUGCGCUUGGGGGCAUGCACAUGUUACUCCUUUGUCAUCCAGAUUAUCCCAAGUUUCUGGCUGAAGCAAAACUAGUGGCUGAUGAACUGGGAGCAGAACAAAUUUCGAGCGAUAUUUCCUUCAGGACAGCCACUGAAGAAGACAAGGAAAGAAUCAAAUCAGCUGUAGAUAGUGAAGGGUCCAAUCUUUCUUUCAGUGCCAACCCAAUUCCAAAAUUAAAGAGAAAGGGUAUGGAUGAUCUUGAGCCAGCCCAAAGAAGCAAGUUUCCAAGGGUUGAAGAGUCAACCGAGGCGACAGACCAGGAACAGGGUAGAGUAUCCGAAAAUUUACCUAAGCCACCAGAACCUGAUGUAGUGCCCGGCAAUUUAUAUAGAACAACUGAUUUGGCCUCUGGGAGUAGAAAAGACAAAUGUAUUAUACAAUACAAGAGGACUUACAAAAAUAAGUCCAAGGUAAAGCCAAUCCAGGAGGAGACUCCCCAUGACCAGGGCACUGAUAUUUUGGAAGGUGGGCCGAGCACUAGACUCAGGCCAAGAAAGUUAAAUCAGCCUCCAAAGGACCCGGAACAUGUUUCACACAAAGUUGUAGCAAAAGAUGAACUGAAGACAUCCAGUAACAGAGGAAAAUCGGCUUCUGGAAUUCAAGCAUCAGCUGGUAGCAGCUCCAAAAAAGCAGAGGCAAAGUAUUCAUGUGAAGUAUGCAUGAUGAACUUUGGCUCCAAAAAAGAGCUGGGGCUCCAUGAAAAAAAUAUCUGCUCGGUCAAGGGGUGCGGAAAGAAGUUUGCGUCGCACAAAUAUCUGAUCCACCAUCAGAAGGUGCAUCGUGAGGACCGCCCCCUACAAUGCACUUGGGAAGGCUGCACCAAGACGUUUAAAUGGGCUUGGGCUCGGACGGAACAUAUCAGAGUUCAUACAGGUGACCGUCCAUAUACCUGUGCUGAGACUGGCUGUGGCAAAACAUUUCGCUUUGUGUCAGAUUUCAGUCGCCACAGGAGGAAGACCGGACACUCAGGGUAGCUCGAAGAAUGAGCAUCGAAAGGCAUGAAGAAACAGAGAAAUGAAGCAAGUUAACAUUAGCUAAGAACCUCGUUGCUCAUGUGCAGAGGUAGGUGUAGUUUCUAGUUUAACAUGUCCUUGGAAUGUCUUUCAUAAUACAGUUGAUUUAGCCUUCUUAAUUUCAGAAACAGACUAAUCAGCCACAUUGGAAUGUGCACAAUGUUGUCUUAGAUUAGAUGGUCGAAAUUUAUUUAUAAUUCUGGAGUUUAGA